UGUGGGCUAGUUUGUGACAAAGCUAUUAAAUAAUAGACAGUGUGAUAUUUUUAUUCAUACAGUGUACUUCUUAUUGUCUUUCCUUUUGUCACUUUUUUUUGGUUGAUGUACAAACAUGGCUACCAAUGUGGAUAACAACGAUGAUGACUCCUUCAUCAUCCUCGGGACGUCUGCGGCCUCAAGUCUGGACGUGAAGUGUGGGCCAGUCAACGGAGAUGUGCAGAUGGACAAGUCGCACUUGGAGGAUGCCUUGAAAGAUCUCUCUGACGAAGCCAACAUGGCAUACAAGGCACAUUUCCAGCUGGGUGAUUGUCCUUCACCAGCCAGUAUGAUGGCAGCAAGCACAAUCGUGACCGACGACUCAAGCACGGAAGAACUUCAGAAACGUUUCGGCGAACUGCUCGACGAAAACGUGAUCUUGAAGGAGACUUUGAAGCAAAACAACGAUUCGAUGAAGGAACAGUUCCUGCUUAUAGCUUCGUGUCAGGAAGACAUGUUGAGGACACAAGAACUGCAUAAGGAGAAGUUUGAAGAGACCAAGGAAUUGGUUGAGAGGCUCCGCUUAGAGAACAAGAAGCUCAAAGCGGACCUUCUCCGCAAGGUGGAGGUGGAGGUGCAGACGUCCGACUCCGUCGUCGCGUCCGGCCCGUCGUCCGGCCCGUCGUCCGGACUGGAGUUCGUGUCGUCUCCGGACGACGAUACGAUAUACAAGCUGACGGCGCAGCUGGAGCUGGUUGAAAAACAGCGGCGACAGGUGCUAGUUGAAAACGAGAAGUUGACCUGGCAGAAGGAAUCUCUGGAACAUAUAGUCGACGCAACUUCCAAAGAGAGGGAUGAGCUCAAAGAGAAAUUACAGAAUUUAGAGCUCAAACUGUCCAGUAAAGAUAGUGAUUAUGGCAGCCAGAUAAUCAGCCUGAAGUCCACCGUGCAGGACUUGCACGGGAAACUGCAGUCCGCUAACAGUGUUUCCAGCAUAUCAUCGGAUGAGCUGACCAAGCGUGAUUCCCACAUCCAGCAGUUGGAAGCGAAGGUAUCGCGGCUUCAAACUGAGCUCAAGGAGUCCCAGCUCAGGGUAUGGGACCUGGAGAAUGUUAGGCUGGAGUUCUCAAAGCACAAGUCCGAGCAGUCGGAAGCUGCGCGGCUGUACAAGGAACAGCUACAGGAGCUGCAGACCAAACUCAAGGACGCACAAAUCACUGUGUUCCAACCGGUCCGCCUGUCCCUAAGUGCCGAGCGGGACGCGUCCAGAGAUUCCGAGUCUCCGUCCCGCGAGUGCAACGGGCUUAUGGCCAACGUCAGGCUCUAUGAUCGCACGCUCAAGCAUUUGGCGGAUAUCAUGAACGCGCUUACACACGGGUUAACGGACAGCAUCGUAGGGACACUAGGACUAGUGGCGAGCCUUCAAGACUUCAAGCUGGAGAAGACUACCGUCGACCAGUUCAAAGCGAGCCUGAGCGAAGUGAAGCAACAGCUGGACAAACUACAUAACAAUUCGUUGGGUUACGUUGUACAAGUCAGGAGCACAUUGUCGAUAUUUGAAGGAAUAUUCAAAGACUACAAUGAACUUCUGAAGAAGUCGUUGACUCAACAGGAACAAAAACCCGCUACCCCCAACGUGGAGGCGUUAACCAAUGCGUUACUUGCGCGUGCCGAGGAGAUAGCGAACCUCCAGACAGAGGUCAGGAGGCUUCGCAAUGUGACGGACGACACAGAUGUGUUGAAAGCUCAGCUGGACUUGUAUAGGAGUGACUUCGACGCGGAGCGUGAAGCGAGAGAGAAGAUGGCGUGCGAGAAAGAGAACAUCAUGGUCGACCUCCGCACGGCGCAGCGCAGGAUACAGGAGCUGGUGCUGCAGGUCAGUGUAGACCUUAUGUGCUUGUGA